AAGUAAUCCAAUCACUGUAUGGUCGCAACCAUAUUGUAUUUAUUGCCUAAAUGUAUCUAUCUAUCACGAAGUGGUAUACAGUAUAGAAAAAAAAAACAAUAAUAAUACAAAAGUAUAAACUACAUGUAAUGGUAAUGAUGGCUGUUAAACAAAACACAAAACGAUCCAAAUGGGCUCUGGAUUUUGCUCACAAAAACAAGCAGGACAAAAAUGUGGACAUCCCUUCUCCGCCAGGUUACACACCGGCAGUUGCUUUGUUUCAUGCAGCCGAUUCUAUUAGAGAGACAGAUUCCAAUCACUUGAUAAUAAAAAAAUCAUGGGAUCUAGCUUUAGGUCCUUUGAAACAAGUUCCGAUGAAUUUAUUCAUUAUGUACAUGGCGGGUAAUUCUAUAGCAAUAUUUCCUAUUAUGAUGGUCAGUAUGCUGAUCAUUAGGCCAGUGAAAGCAUUAUUUACUCUUCAACAAACGUUUAAAGUAAUCGAAGGAACUCAUGCGUUUGGUCAAAAGUUUGUAUACUUUCUUGGACAACUGGUAAACAUCGCAUUGGCAUUGUACAAAUGUCAGUCGAUGGGAUUACUACCAACGCAUGCAUCAGAUUGGUUGGCAUUCGUGGAACCUCAAGCACGAUUGGAGUAUUCCGGUGGUGGAUUUAUAUAUGUAUGACGUAAGAUAGAGUUAAAUUGAAAAUGUUACAUACAUACUUAAGGAAGAUAACUGUUGUAAAUUUAGGUAUAUGUUACUUUGCCCAUAAAUUAUAAAAAGUUACGGUACACUA